AUGACAGCUUUUGAAGAAAUGGGUGUAAUGCCUGAGUUGGCAAAGGCAACUGAGGAUAUUGAAUGGACAUUGCCCACGGAUAUACAAGCAGAAGCGAUACCGCUAAUUUUAGGCGGUGGAGAUGUUUUGAUAGCAGCUGAAACCGGGAGUGGAAAGACCGGAGCAUUUUGUCUGCCGAUAAUUCAAAUUGUAUGGGAAACUUUGAAUGACAUAGCAAUGGGCAAAGGAGCAAGUAAAUCUGGUGAACGGGCUAUCUCUGCGACCUGGGGACUCAGUCUUUUUGAUCGCGGGCGUGCGAUGGCGGUUACGCCUGAUGGCCUGAGAUGUCAGAGCCGUGAGCCACGAGAAUGGCACGGUUGCAGAGCUAAUAAGGGUGUCCACGGUAGUGGUAAAUAUUUUUAUGAAGCUACAGUUACUGAUGAAGGACUUUGUCGUGUUGGAUGGUCCACUUCUCAAGCUAAUUUAGAUUUAGGAACAGAUAAAUUUGGGUUUGGAUUUGGAGGAACUGGAAAAAAAUCAAAUUCAAAGCAAUUCUCAGACUAUGGUGAGGCAUUUGGAAUGCAUGAUGUUAUUGGCUGUUACCUAGACUUGGAGAAAGGAGAAGUGAGAUUUAGCAAAAAUGGUACAGACUUGGGAAAAGCAUUUGACUUGAACGGUCAACAAAAAAACGAAACAUAUUAUCCGGCGGUGGUACUAAAAAAUGCAGAAAUGUCAUUUAAUUUUGGAGCUCAGCCUUUUAAACAUCCACCAGCUAAUAAUUUUGUCGCUGUAUCAGCUGCUCCGAAAGAACGAAUACGCGAAAAUCCAUUUAAAAAGUACUUGAAGGAUCCAACUGUCAGAGAACUGCUGGUGGUGGGUGGAGUACCUGCCAAACAACAGAUCGCUGCGUUAAACUCGGGCAUUGACAUUGUUGUCGGUACGCCAGGACGGCUGGAGGAUUUAAUUCAAGGCGGAUAUUUAUCACUGACACACUGCAGAUUCUUUGUACUAGACGAAGCCGACGGGUUACUCAAGCAAGGGUAUACAGAACUGAUCAAUAAAUUGCAUCGACAGAUACCGAAGGUUACGUCUGAUGGCAAGAAGCUCCAGAUGGUUGUUUGUUCUGCUACUUUACAUUCUUUUGAAGUUAAAAAAAUGGCCGAAAGUUUAAUGAGUUUUCCGGCGUGGGUUGAUUUGAAGGGUGAAGAUGCUGUUCCUGAAACUGUUCAUCAUGUUGUAGUGAUGGUUGAUCCUCAAAAAGACAAAUCAUGGUACAAUUUAAGGUCUCAUAUUCCAACUGAUGGAGUACAUCAUAGAGAUAACAUAAGACCAGGGAACACUACAGCCGAAACUCUGUCGGAAGGAGUGAAAAUUAUGAAAGGCGAGUACUGUAUCCGUGCCAUCAAAGAACAUAAAAUGGACCGCUGUAUAAUUUUCUGUCGUACAAAAUUAGAUUGCGAUAAUCUUGAAAAAUAUUUCCGACAAGUUGGUGGCAAUGAAUUUUCUUGUGUGUGUCUUCAUGGUGAUCGAAAACCUCCAGAACGUAAAGCUAAUCUGGAAAAAUUCAAAAGACAAGAAGUUAAAUUUUUAAUUUGUACUGAUGUUGCUGCUCGUGGUUUGGAUAUCACUGGAUUACCUUUCAUGAUCAAUGUUACACUGCCAGAUGAAAAAUCAAAUUAUGUCCAUCGAAUUGGUAGAGUAGGUCGUGCUGAGAGAAUGGGCUUAGCUAUUUCAUUAGUUAGCUCAGUGCCGGAAAAAGUUUGGUAUCAUGGAGAUUGGUGUCCAAGCCGUGGGCGCAAUUGUAGUAAUACCAAUUUAACACCUCAAGGUGGAUGUUGUACGUGGUACAAUGAACCACAGUAUCUUUCUGAAAUUGAGGAACAUUUAAAUAUAACGAUUGAACAAGUAGGACCAGACUUAAAAGUCCCAUUGAAUGAAUUCGAUGGUAAAGUUACUUAUGGUGAAAAACGCAUCAACAGAGGUUCUAAUUACCAAAAUCAUGUUCAACAAAUGGCUCCAAUUGUCGCUGAGCUUGCCACAUAUGAAUCCAAAGCACAAUUAUACUAUCUGAAAAAACAUUUCGCUAUGCUAAUUAAUGGUAUCAUCGACUAA